UUAGUUAACGACUGCGACUCCCGCUGCCCCUUCUCUUCCCUCUCUCCGACUAACUAAUUUUUCCUCCCUCCUUCCCUCCCACUCCCAUCCAUUUUGCGAUCUCAUUUUUCACUUUUCUCCUCCAAACUCGUCGGCCAUGGAGCCUCGAGGCGAUCGGCGAACGGACAAUCUGUCGGAUGAUCAUCGCGCUCGGGAACGAUCGUCCAAGCAACUCAAGGCGUCUCCUACCCCCGUCGAUACCGUUUCCGUAACGCAGAGGUUGCAGAAGGAGCUCAUGGCUUUAAUGAUGACAGGAGGAGACCUUGGUGUAUCUGCCUUUCCUGAAGGCGAGAGCAUCUUUACUUGGAUUGGCACUAUUGAAGGUGGAAAAGGAACAAUGUAUGAGGGUCAAUCAUACAAACUCUCUUUGCACUUUCCCCUUGAUUAUCCUUUCAAGCCACCUCAAGUGAAGUUUGAGACAAUGUGCUUCCACCCAAAUGUUGACCAGUACGGAAAUAUUUGUUUAGAUAUCCUUCAGGACAAAUGGUCUUCAGCUUAUGAUUGCAGAACCAUUCUUCUCUCCAUCCAGAGUUUAUUAGGAGAACCAAACACUGAAAGCCCUCUUAACAGCUCUGCUGCUGCACUUUGGAAGAACCAGGAAGAGUACAGAAAGAUGGUGCGGAAGCAUUACAUGGCCGGGGAAGCAUUUGAUAGCUAAGACAAGUCAUUUAAGCAAUGUGUUCUGUACAAUGUUCUUGGAAACAAGAAAUUCCUAAUGAUUGUAGCAACACAAGAAAAGAAGACAAAGUUCCGAUUAUGCAGGAGAAGCAAAAGCAGAAGUUUACUCGAUCCUGGAGGCCGAUCAGAGAACACAACUGACUUUCAUCAUGUAAUCGUUCUGUCUUUCCUGCUCUCACUAUUCGUUUGUGUACCAUGAUUUUUUUUCAUAGAUAAAUGCCUGUCAAUAAUUUCAUUGUAGAGCAUCUAGGUAAACCUAAAACUAUUGCUUUAUAUAGAUUUGGAUCACUUUCCACUGUUUUUUUUC